UUGGCAUUGAAAAAUGUAAAAAAAAAAAGAUGAAUUUGGAGGCACAUGCAACUGAUUUUAAGAGGAUGAGUUUGUGUGCGAUUGCUCGUUUUUAAUAGCUAGAGCUUGCUUCUUCAUCUCGCACCAAACAUGACUACAUAAACACAGAUUUGUCGCAGGAAUCAAAGAUGGUCUCUCGAGGGCAUGACGGCACUCGUCACCGGUGGAACCAGAGGCAUCGGAUAUGCCAUUGUAGAAGAACUAGCAGGAUUUGGAGCAAGAGUGCAUAUAUGUUCCCGUAACGAGACGAAGAUUAAUAAAAGGAUUAAAGAAUGGGAGAGCAAAGGGUUUAAAAUUAGCGGCUCCGCUUGUGACCUCAGUUCUAGAGCACAAAGAGAGAAGCUCAUGGACCAUGUUUCCUCCAUUUUUGAUGGAAAGCUCAAUAUACUUGUGAACAAUGCAGGAAUAAUCACAAUGAAAGAAUGUGUAAGCUAUAAUGAGGAAGAUUACUCAAGUAUAAUGAGCACCAACCUUGAGGCUCCUUAUCAUCCGAGUCAAUUAGCACAUCCACUAUUUAAAGCAUCAGGAAAUGGAAGUAUAGUUUUCAUAUCGUCUGUGGCUGGCAUAGUUGCGUUACCUAUGCUAUCUCUUUAUUCGGCAACUAAAGGAGCUAUCAACCAAUUGACCAAAAACUUGGCUUGUGAAUGGGCAAAAGACCACAUUCGGACUAAUACUGUUGCGCCGGGCGGAACAAGAACCUCCAUCACAACAACGCUAGAACCGGGUGUUACAAAGAAAUACGAUGGACAUCUAGCUCAAAUUCCGAUCGGCCGAUUGGCAGAUCCUGACGAGGUUUCGCCGAUAGUGACAUUCCUUUGCCUUCCUGUAGCUUCAUAUAUCACUGGCCAAGUUAUUUAUGUAGAUGGAGGAUUUACAAUCAGCGGCUCAAUUUUUCCAUCUUUCUAA